GAUGAUAACGGCGACAGAGACGCGGACUACUCCAUGCUGGACUUGGACCCCAUCACCGGGAAGUUCGAGGUGGUCGGCCACUACAACGGCAUGGAGAAGAGCUAUUGGCCAGUGCCCGGCAAAAAAAUCCACUGGCCGGGGGGAAGGGAGGGACCGCCUCCCGAUGUGCCCGAGUGCGGGUUCAUGGACAACAGUCCUGAUUGCCGAAAUGAUGACCUACGGACUGACAAGUUGUCGAGCAUCUAUAACUUCUGGUACUUCUCUUCAAGCCACCAGAAUAUUCACGACUGUGGGUUUAUACAGGGGCACCAGAGUAGCAAUCAAAAAAAUUAUCAGGAAGAAGGUUGAUGUAAACAAGAAGCUCUUGUGGGAAAUAAAACAGGUUCGAGAUGUGACUCAUGAAAAUACAGUGAGAUUCAUCGGGGCUUGUAUCGAAGCACCAACUAUUUUGAUUUUGACCGAGUACUGCCCAAAAGGAAGUUUGAAAGACGUUCUGGAAAAUGACGACAUUCAUCUGGACUGGAAUUUCAGAAUGUCCCUAAUAUACGAUAUAGUGAAGGGCAUGACAUAUUUGCACAAUUCUGAGGUAUCAGUCCACGGGAAAUUGAGAUCUUGCAACUGUCUGAUAGACGGAAGAUUUGUUCUAAAAAUUUCGGACUUUGGGCUUGCAUUUCUCACUACCCCUCUAGAAGUAACAAAGGACGAAAAAUACUUCAGAAAAAUGUUAUGGGUCGCACCAGAACUACUACCUCUAACAGUAACCCCAGGUAUACCAGCCACACCAAAGGGGGAUGUUUACAGUUUUGGUAUAAUUUUGGAGGAAAUUAUAGUGAGAGGUGGACCUUAUGAAGCAGCAAGACAGUUUCUAGAACCCCAUGAAAUUAUAUCGAGAGUAGCAGCCAGAGAAACCCCUCCCUUCAGACCAGCGGUCACUUUGAGAGAUUGUCCUGAAGAAUUAGUUGAGUUGAUGGAAAAAUCUUGGAAUGAUAACCCAGAAGAUAGGCCUUCUUUUGAUGCCAUUCGUCUCAAUUUGAGAAAUAUCAUGAAAGGUUACUGUGAAAAUCUCAUAGACGAUCUUCUGAGGAGGAUGGAACAAUACGCGAACAAUUUGGAAGUGCUGGUCAGCGAGAAAACAGAAGAACUCAGUCAAGAGAAGAGAAGGUCCGAAGAAUUAUUGUACCAAGUGUUGCCACGACCCGUGGCACAGCAAUUGAUGCACGGCGAAUUGGUUCAACCGGAGCAAUUCGAGUGUGUCACUAUUUAUUUCAGCGACAUUGUUGGAUUCACUGCGCUUUGUGCCAAAAGUACCCCAAUGCAGGUCGAAACAAUAGGCGACGCAUACAUGGUCGUUUCGGGUCUUCCAGAAAGAAAUGCCGAUAACCACGCAAAGGAAAUUGGUCUUAUGGCACUGGCGAUUCUAGACGCUGUCAAGUCAUUCUCUAUCAAACAUAAUCCGGAUUAUCAACUCAAACUGAGGAUUGGGAUACAUUCGGGACCGGUUUGUGCUGGAAUAGUGGGACAGAAGAUGCCCCAUUAUUGUCUUUUUGGCGAUACUGUCAAUACCGCGAGCAGAAUGGAAAGUACCGGGCAGCCACUGAAGAUUCAUGUCAGCGAAACUACCAGGCAUAUUUUCGACAAAUUCGGUACGUUCGAACUAGAACUGCGAGGGGAGGUCGAACUGAAAGGAAAGGGCUUCGUAACCACGUAUUGGCUUCUGCACAGCUCAGAACCUGAUCCUAGGCCAACCACACCCAGGCACAUAUCAACCAAUAUCGAGAUAGACACAAAUCCAUAUCCCCUGGUAUUCAUGGGAUGAAUAAUGAAUAGUGACUUGUUUUGUACACCCGAAACUUUAAAUUAAAAUAAGACACCACAAAUUUUGUAACAUAUAAGUGUACAAGAAUUGAAAUUUCUGUCACCCAUCUUUGCCGGUAUCAACCACAAAAUGGGGAAGUUUCCUAUAUUGAGGUUUUUUUUCUCACUGUGAAGUUUGUAAAAAAUUAAUACACAGGGUGAUUCACAUAACAACCGACAUAGGGCAGGGGCAUGUAGAGGGUCCCAAAAUAUGGCAAUUUAACGCAACUUACCUCUAUACCAAGUUGCUUCCCUAAGGAGUUAUAGGCAUAGCACUAACAGCAUGUCAACUUGCUCGUUAAAAGAAAACUUCUCAUUCAUUUUAAAAACACUCAAACAACAAUUACUUAAUUGAACAAC